UGUUUACCUAUCAAUUUGUCUGCAGCCUUCCGUCUUGAGCCAAAUUACACGGACCUUAUCGAUAAUAAUUAUUAUCGUGAUCGGGUUUGGCUUUGACGUCAGAACGAAAGAAGUAAAGAAACAAACAAAUUUAUGGCUAAUUCACGAUUUAUGUACCUUCAAUACAUUGGGGAUCAGCUUUAAGGAAACAGUUGAUCAGCAAUCGUCAAAUAAUGUCCCACGGUUUAUUUUCUUUGUACCUGACUUUCUAACAAUCUACAAUUUAUACGUUUUUAACCAGUUUGCAGUACUGGAAAAAAAUUAUCAGUCAAACUGAAAACACCAUCAACUCCACUCCCAAACAAAUCAAUAUGGUCGCUAUAACUGAUAAACAAAAUGCUCUAGAAAAAGCUACCCCAGAACAAAAGGAUAAACAAUUAUGGAGAGAUUUGGUAGCCUUUUGGAUUUUGGGCUUGUGCAAUAAUUUUGGAUACGUCGUUAUGUUGAGUGCAGCUCAUGAUAUUAUUGCACGUUUUGAUGAGACAACUGAAGUUUCGGACCCCAAGGCGGAAGUUUUAGAGAGACAAUGUAAUAUUGUCAGUACUGGAGCUAUUCUAUUGGCCGAUGUUAUACCUGGAUUUGUUGUUAAGCUUGUGAUGCCUUUUUUGCCAUUUUGGAUCAAUACACGAGUUGCAUCUGCAGUGGCUUUAAGUGUGGCAGGAUUUCUUUGUGUUGGCUUUGCUGAAGUUGAAAUGGUAGCCCUGUUAGGAGUUGUUUGUACUUCUGCAGCUUGUGGAAUGGGAGAGUCCAGUAUUCUGCCUUACACAUCAAAUUAUAACAGGAACUCACUUUCGACAUGGUCAUCAGGUACUGGAGGUGCUGGUGUUAUCGGCGCCUUGGCAUAUGCAGGACUUUGUGCUAUCAACGUUAGUUCCAGGAACAUUAUGUUAAUCAUGCUUAUCUUCCCGGUCCUGGAAUGCAUUGCUUUUUGGAUAAUUUUGCGCAAACCUUCUGGUUUAGUUGACAACAGUGUUCCAUCUGUUACUAGUGUGGUUGAAGAUGAUAAGCCUCUACAAGGUUGGAAGGAGCAAUUGAUGUACAUUACUUCGCUGUUCAAAUACAUGUUACCUCUUUUGUUUGUGUACUUCUUUGAAUAUUUCAUCAAUCAAGGAUUGUUUGAAUUGGUUAACUUUGAAAACACAUUUUUGGACAAAGAAUCCCAAUAUCGUUGGUUAUGUGUUGAUUAUCAAAUUGGAGUCUUUAUCUCACGGUCAUCAGUCAAUCUUAUCAAAUUUAAACACAUUUGGAUUCUAUCACUUUUGCAAUUUAUUAAUGUUGCAUACUUUUUGACAGAAGUUAUUUUCUUCUAUACACCAUCAAUUUGGAUUGCCUUCGCUAUUGUUCUAUGGGAAGGUUUAUUAGGAGGUGGUGCUUAUGUAAAUACAUUCUAUAGAAUGUCUUCGGAAGUACCAAGAUCUAGACAAGAAUUUGCAAUUGCUGUAACUGUACAAGCAGAUUCACUUGGUAUUAUGUUAUCUGGAUUUUUGGCAAUGCCAGUACAUAAUGCAAUUUGUAGGUUGCCAGCACAUCCUAAAUUAUUUUCAUGAAAAUGAAAAUAUGAAUUUAAGGAGACUGUGUGUAGUAGCUAGGUAUUUAUAGGCAUUUUUAAGGCUUGAUUUAUAAAAUCAGAAAAAAAACAAACAAACUAUUAUUGUAAAUUAAUAUACUGUAUGGUAUAUUUUUAAAGUAUUAUAUUUAUAUUA